AUGUCACAGACCACAGACACUACAGUCCCCGGUAUUCAAUUGAUAGCCAACCUCAUCAAAUCCGGCCAAGCGACCCGAAUCGUCGCCCUAACAGGCGCAGGAAUUAGCACCGGCGCCGGAAUCCCAGACUUCAGAUCCCCCACAACAGGUCUAUACGACAAACUCGCACCACUCAGACUCCCAUUCCCAGAAGCAAUCUUCCACAUCAACUAUUUCAGCCACACGCCCGAACCAUUUUACGCUAUCGCCCGCGCCCGCCACCCGGGGAAUCUCAAACCAACAAUCACGCAUGCGUUCCUGGCUCUGCUGGCCAAGAAGAACCUACUUCGUUUUCUGUUUACCCAGAAUAUCGAUGGACUCGAGCAUGAUGCUGGGGUUCCGGCGGAAAGGGUUUUAUGGGCUCAUGGAAAUUGGAAGAGUCAGCAUUGUUGUAAGUGCAAUGCGGAUUAUCCAGUUGAGUUGAUGAACCGGGCUAUUGGAUUGGGUGAAGUCCCGUAUUGUCUUCGGGAUGGGUGCGGGGGUGCUGUCAAGCCGGAUGUUGUUUUUUUUGGGCAGAAGUUGUCGGAUGAGUUUGAGCAGAGGAAGAAAGAGGUUAGUGAAGCGGAUUUGAUGCUUGUUUUGGGUACAAGCUUGAAGGUGGCGCCUUGCUCUGGAUUGCCGUUGUUAGUUAAGGAGAGCGUUCCCCGAGUUUUAAUAAACAAUGAACGGGUGGGUGAUAUGGGAAAUCGAGAUGAGGAUGUAUGUAUUCUGGGGAGUUGUGAUGAUGGUGUUCGGCGAUUAGCUGAUGCACUUGGUUGGCGAGAUGAGUUGGAAUGUCUUUGGGAAGAAGCGGUGGCUGCUAAAAAGGACGUGGAGAUAUUUGAUGGAGGGCCUAGUCUGGAUGAGUGCAUUGAAAAAUUGGCGAGUAGCAUGAAGGACAAAAUGAAGGUCUCGGAUGGUCAUAAGCAGAUGUUGGAGAGACAUUUGAACGAAAAAUUCGGGCAUUUGAUGGCCAAGCCAGGCCCGUAA